UGCGCGUUGGGUGCAUUUCUCCUUCAAUCUGCCCUCCCUGAGACUCGCAGCCGAGACCAGAGCCGGGCACCGGGCGAGCGAAACACCGGUAAGGACGCGCAGAGGGGGAUUGGCAAGGGGCUGAACACAGCGGCGUGGCUUUUACUUCUGAAAUUGAGCAGACUGCAGUGCUGCAAACCACACUCACUCACUCUCACAGGUCCAGCACCUUUUCAAGUCCCUUCAUUACCGAGCCGUCUGUGUGACCUUGUGAAAGUCAGUAAGAGAAAACCUUCAGCCUCACGGGGUCUCUGGAGAGCCCAUUGCUGUGGAACCUCCUUUGCAUCAGACACCAUGGCAGUUCCACCAUCAUACUGUGACUUGGGAAAGUCAGCCAAGGAUAUCUUCAGCAAGGGCUAUGGCUUCGGGGUCGUGAAGUUGGACUUGAAGACCAAGUCUCAGAGCGGAGUGAUGGAGUUCUCCACCUCCGGCUCUUCAAACACAGACUCCGGGAAGGCGACGGGGAGUCUGGAGACCAAGUACAAGAUGAAGGAGCUGGGCCUGACCUUCAACCAGAAGUGGAACACAGACAACACCCUGAGCACCGGGGUCACCCUGGAGGACCAGUUGGCGAACGGACUCAAGCUUACCUUUGACACUUCAUUCGUACCAAACACAGGUAAGAAGAGUGGUAAGCUGAAGACUGGGUACAAGCGUGACUACAUCAACCUGGGCUGCGACGUGGAUUUCGACUUUGCCGGCCCUGUGAUCCACGGGGCCGCUGUCGUCGGCUACGAGGGCUGGCUCGCUGGCUACCAGGUGGCCUUCGACACAGCCAAGUCCAGGCUGGCCCAGAACAACUUCGCCCUGGGCUACAAGGCAGGAGACUUCCAGCUGCACACCUGCGUCAACGACGGGACGGAGUUCGGCGGCUCCAUCUACCAGAAGGUGAACGACAAGCUGGAGACUGCAGUGAACCUGGCCUGGACCGCGGGCAGCAACAACACCCGCUUCGGCAUCGCAGCCAAGUACCAGCUGGAUACGGACACUGCCAUCUCCGCCAAAGUGAACAACGCCAGCCUGAUCGGAGUAGGAUACACCCAGACCCUCAGGCCAGGAGUGAAGCUGACUCUGUCUGGUCUGGUGGACGGAAAGAACUUCAACGCUGGAGGUCACAAGAUCGGUCUCGGGUUCGAACUCGAAGCAUAAAGAGGGGGCGUGGGCCAGUCUACCCCUUCAGAAAGCGCUGGGACUGAUCUGACUCCCCCUCCCCCACACACCCCUGAUCUUCAAUUUGCAGCAUCCCGAACCCCUCGCACACUAACAGGCGAUUCGGUUUCAUUCUCAACUUUUUUUUUUUUUUCCUCCAACAAAGUGGAAAUGUUUCGAUUUUUUUUUUUUUUUUUUUUUUUUUUUUUCUUUCUUUUUUUAACUCCUUGGUGUUCAGCCCUUGUGGAGGGAAGCCUGGGUUUGUGACGUGCCACAAUUGCAGCCCUAUUGCAAUUUUAAAUUAUUACCAAAUUAUUAACCUGUUGUGCUGGGAGCUCCGAACUUGAAUUAAAAUAAAGAAAUGAAAACAA